AUUGAAAAUUUAAAUUGUUCUUUUUAAUCAUCAACAAUCAUCCAGUUAAAAUUGUUUUCGACAUUUUCUCGCUCACACUUUUCCUCUGUCACAUUAGUAAUCAAAUACAAUUAAAGUGAUUUGAUGAUCUAAGCAAUGGACCAGCUGAUGGGCGAUUCUCUUAGUACCUUCUCAUUUUAUGGUUAACAUUUAAUUGUGAUUUCGUUUUCUUUUUUUUCUGUUUGAUUGUCUAAUUGUCUUUAUUAUUACAGUUAUUUGUGGUGUUCUCAACUUUCUUAAUCUUUGUUGAUUAGGAUAAGAUAUGUUGAUCAGUUGAUUCUAUAAUUUAAUUGUAUCUCUUUUGUUUGUGUGCUUCAAAUUACCCACCAGUUGAUUGUCCGAUUACUCAUCGAUCCUUUGUUUCUUCAUUUUGUUUUAUAUUUUUCUCUAAUCAUUUUGGUUAAUUGAUUGUUUUUCUGGUUGUGUUUUUAUUGUUUUUAGAUAAUCGUUUGAGAUUGGAUUUUGUAUCUUUCGGAUUAGACGGAUGAAAGGUAAAGGUCGUGGUCAUAAAACUCGUGAUUUUUGUCGUAUCUGUUUGGUCACUGGUUCAACUGUUAAUCCUUUAAUCCAACCAUGUAAUUGUGUUGCUGAUCUGGCUUAUUGUCAUUCUUCGUGUUUAUCUAAAUGGAUUUCAACUACCAGAUCAAUAAGAUGUGAUUUAUGUAGAUUUGCUUUCAUCACUUCAAUAGAAACAUUUUCUUUCUUUGAUUGGCUUUCCAGUGACGAAGAUGAAUUGAAACAAUUUCUUGGGGGAAUUUUUAUUCUUUUUCUUUCCUUCUAUAUGGUUCUACUGGGUGAGGUGACAUGUUCUUCUAUUCAAGAUUCUGAUGGUAUAACUGGUAUUCUUUUAUUUUUGAUCACAUUAACUUCUGAACUUGGUUAUAUAGGAUGGAUCGCAUUUUUUACUCAUAUUACAGCAAAUCGAUUUUUCUCUUGGAGUGAAAAUCAUGUUAAAGUUUCAGUAUUUGCUUAUAAAAGGAAAAGUUGCCUAGUCAAACCUCGACAAGAACCGAUUUCAGCUCAAAAUCCUAAACAUGGUGAAGCGAAAAUAUCAAAACCUCCUUCAAAACCAAUUGAAUUGAGUUCAUCAAAAGCUCAAAAAUCUGAUAACCCCAACAAUCAACAAACCAAAUCUACUGUUACUGAAGUUUCAAGGACUAAAGAACCCUCUGGAAAUCGUAAACCAAUCAAAAACACUAAUGUAAUUUAUGAUAGACGAAAGAAACGUGAUGAUCAUCGUGGAACCGUAUGGGGUUUCAAGGUAGCUCGUUGAGCGAGAAAUUUGAUCUAGAAAAAUCUAGAAUAAUAAUAACUUUAAUCAUUCGAAACACCGACCAAAAGAAUAUUAAAACUUGGAUUUGUAAAAUUCACAUAAACGAAUGGAAAACAAAAAGAAUCCAGAAUAAUCAAUGGAAAAGUAAAUCAUUAACUUGAUUUCUCUUUAAUUUAUGUGACUUUUUUUACGUUUAUAAUUGAAUCAAUCAAUUUGAAAAGUUCACUUUAA